CCCCACCCCCUGCUCCUUUUUCUGCUCCCCAAGUGAGCCCGGCGCGCGAGAGGCAGGCGGGGCGGCGCGGAGCAGGCAGCCCAGCGCGCUCGCCCUCCGCCCGCUCGGCGCAGCUCCCCGCGGCCGCUCCUGUCGCCGCCGCCGGCGCGUCGGAGGGAGCCCAGCAUGGCCGGGCCGGGCUCGCAGCGGCGCGCGUCCCGGGGGGCCUCGGCGCUCCUCGCCGCCGCGCUUCUCUACGCAGCGCUGGGGGCCGUGGUGCGCUCGGAGCAGCAGAUCCCGCUCUCCGUGGUGAAGCUCUGGGCCUCGGCUUUUGGUGGGGAGAUAAAAUCCAUUGCUGCUAAGUACUCUGGUUCCCAGCUUCUGCAAAAGAAAUACAAAGAGUAUGAGAAAGACGUAGCCAUAGAAGAAAUCGAUGGCCUCCAACUGGUGAAAAAGCUGGCAAAGAACAUGGAAGAGAUGUUUCACAAAAAGUCUGAAGCAGUGCGGCGUCUUGUGGAGGCUGCAGAAGAGGCACAUCUGAAACAUGAAUUUGAUGCAGACUUGCAGUAUGAAUACUUCAAUGCUGUGCUGAUAAACGAAAGGGACAAAGAUGGGAAUUUUUUGGAGCUGGGGAAGGAAUUCAUCUUAGCCCCAAAUGACCAUUUUAAUAAUUUGCCUGUGAACAUCAGUCUGAGUGACGUCCAGGUGCCAACGAACAUGUACAACAAAGACCCAGCAAUCGUCAAUGGGGUUUAUUGGUCCGAAUCCCUAAACAAAGUUUUCGUAGAUAACUUUGAUCGUGACCCGUCUCUCAUAUGGCAGUACUUUGGAAGUGCAAAGGGCUUUUUUAGGCAGUAUCCAGGGAUUAAAUGGGAACCAGAUGAGAAUGGAGUCAUUGCCUUUGACUGCAGGAACCGAAAAUGGUACAUCCAAGCAGCGACUUCUCCGAAAGACGUGGUCAUUUUAGUGGACGUCAGUGGCAGCAUGAAAGGGCUCCGUCUGACUAUUGCGAAGCAAACUGUCUCAUCUAUUCUGGAUACGCUGGGGGAUGAUGACUUUUUCAACAUAAUUGCUUAUAAUGAGGAGCUUCACUACGUGGAACCUUGCCUGAACGGGACAUUGGUGCAAGCUGACAGGACAAACAAGGAGCACUUCAGGGAGCAUCUGGACAAACUGUUUGCCAAAGGAAUUGGAAUGCUGGAUAUAGCUCUGAAUGAGGCCUUCAACAUUCUCAGUGAUUUCAACCAUACUGGACAAGGCAGCGUCUGCAGCCAGGCCAUCAUGCUCAUCACCGAUGGGGCAGUGGACACCUAUGACACUAUCUUUGCGAAGUACAACUGGCCAGAUCGGAAGGUCCGCAUCUUCACCUACCUCAUUGGACGGGAGGCUGCUUUUGCAGACAAUCUCAAGUGGAUGGCUUGUGCCAACAAAGGAUUUUUCACCCAGAUCUCCACCUUGGCUGAUGUGCAGGAAAAUGUCAUGGAAUACCUGCAUGUACUCAGCCGGCCCAAAGUCAUCGAUCAGGAGCACGACGUGGUAUGGACUGAAGCUUACAUCGACAGCACUCUUGCCGAUGAUCAGGGCCUCGUCCUGAUGACCACGGUCGCCAUGCCUGUGUUUAGUAAGCAGAACGAAACCAGAUCAAAGGGCAUUCUUCUGGGUGUGGUUGGCACAGAUGUCCCAGUGAAAGAGCUUCUGAAGACCAUCCCCAAAUACAAGUUAGGGAUUCACGGUUAUGCCUUUGCGAUCACAAAUAAUGGAUAUAUCCUGACGCAUCCAGAACUCAGACCACUGUACGAGGAAGGAAAAAAGCGAAGGAAACCUAACUACAGUAGCGUUGACCUCUCGGAGGUAGAGUGGGAAGACCGGGAUGAUGUGUUAAGAAAUGCCAUGGUGAACCGAAAGACUGGGAAGUUCUCUAUGGAGGUGAAGAAGACAGUGGACAAAGGGAAACGGGUUUUGGUGAUGACAAAUGACUACUAUUAUACAGACAUCAAGGGUACCCCUUUCAGCUUAGGUGUGGCGCUCUCCAGAGGCCAUGGGAAAUAUUUCUUCCGAGGGAAUGUAACCAUUGAAGAAGGCCUGCAUGACUUAGAGCACCCUGACGUAUCCCUGGCAGAUGAAUGGUCCUACUGCAACACUGACCUACACCCGGAGCACCGUCAUCUAUCUCAGCUAGAAGCCAUCAAGCUCUACCUCAAAGGCAAAGAACCUCUGCUCCAAUGUGAUAAAGAAUUGAUACAAGAAGUCCUUUUUGAUGCCGUGGUGAGCGCUCCCAUUGAAGCAUAUUGGACCAGUCUUGCCCUCAACAAAUCUGAGAACUCUGACAAGGGCGUGGAGGUUGCCUUCCUCGGCACUCGUACGGGCCUCUCGAGGAUCAACCUGUUUGUUGGGGCUGAGCAGCUCACCAAUCAGGAUUUUCUGAAAGCUGGAGACAAGGAGAACAUUUUUAACGCAGACCAUUUCCCUCUCUGGUACCGAAGAGCUGCGGAGCAGAUUCCAGGGAGCUUUGUCUACUCCAUCCCGUUCAGCACAGGAAUAGUCAACAAAAGCAAUGUGGUGACAGCGAGUACCUCCAUUCAGCUCCUCGAUGAACGGAAAUCUCCUGUGGUAGCAGCUGUAGGCAUUCAGAUGAAACUUGAAUUUUUCCAGAGGAAGUUCUGGACUGCCAGCAGACAGUGUGCCUCUCUGGAUGGCAAAUGCUCCAUCAGCUGUGAUGACGAGACUGUGAACUGUUACCUCAUAGACAAUAAUGGGUUUAUUCUGGUGUCUGAAGACUACACCCAGACUGGAGACUUUUUUGGCGAGGUCGAAGGGGCCGUGAUGAACAAACUGUUAACAAUGGGCUCCUUUAAAAGAAUUACCCUGUAUGACUAUCAAGCCAUGUGCAGGGCCAACAAGGACAGCAGUGACAGUGCCAGCGGGCUACUGGAUCCUUAUCAUGCCUUCCUUGCUGCAGUAAAAUGGAUAAUGACAGAACUUGUCUUGUUUCUGGUGGAAUUUAACCUCUGCAGCUGGUGGCACUCAGAUAUGACAGCCACAGCCCAGAAAUUGAAGCAGACCCUGGAACCUUGUGAUACAGAGUAUCCAGCGUUUGUCUCUGAGCGCACCAUCAAGGAAACCUCAGGGAACAUUGCUUGUGAAGACUGCUCUAAGUCCUUUGUCAUCCAGCAAAUCCCAAGCAGCAAUCUGUUCAUGGUGGUGGUGGACAGCAGCUGCCUGUGUGAGUCCGUGACCCCCAUCACCAUGGCCCCCAUUGAAAUCAGGUAUAACGAAUCCCUUAAGUGUGAACGUUUAAAGGCCCAGAAGAUCAGAAGGCGUCCCGAGUCUUGUCAUGGCUUCCAUCCUGAGGAGAAUGCAAGGGAGUGUGGGGGUGCACCGAGCCUGCAGGCCAAGAUGGUCCUUGUCGUCUUCCCUCUGCUCUUGAUGCUCUUUUCAAGGUGACACUGAGAUGUUCUCUUGGCAUGCUAAAUUAUGGAUAAACUGUGAACCAAAAUAUGGUGCGACAUAGGAGACAUGAAAUAUAGUCCAACCAUCAGCAUCUCAUGAUUUUAAACUGUGCGUGAUAUAAACUCUUAAAGAUCUGUUGACAAAAAAAAAGUUAUCUUUUUACUUUGCCAGUCAUGCAAAUGUGAGUUUGCUACAUGAUAAUCACCCUUCAUCAGAAAUGGGGCUGCAAGUGGGCAGUGUCCCUUCUGCUUGAAACCCAUUGAAACCAAUUUAAAACUGUGUACUUUUUAAAUAAAGUAUAUUAAAAUCAUAA